UGAAGACACUAUUGGCGUUUGGAGUACACCGCACAAUACGGCAGCAGUGGAAGACCUGUUUCCGGAAGCUGCCGCUGGGUUGACCGAGGGCGGGGCUGGGCGGGGUGCACCCGCUGUCCCCGGCGGCCCUGCAUCGGGUCCGCACAGCCCCUUGGCCAUGGCGGGCCCUGGCCCCGGCGCGGCGCUGGAGUCCCCGCGGCGGCUGCUGGGCCGCGUGCGCUUCUUGGCGGAGGCCGCUCGAAGCCUCCGCGCAGGACGGCCGCUGCCCGCCGCGCUGGCUUUCGUGCCACGAGAAGUGCUGUACAAGCUUUACAAGGACCCGGCUGGACCGUCCCGGGUACUGCUGCCAGUGUGGGAGGCAGAGGGCCUGGGGCUGCGCGUGGGUGCCGCGGGCCCGGCCCCGGGUACCGGCUCCGGACCCCUCCGCGCCGCCCGCGAUAGCAUUGAGCUGCGGCGCGGCGCUUCCGUGCGCACCACGGGCGAAGAGCUGUGCAACGGCCACGGGCUCUGGGUGAAGCUGACCAAGGAGCAGCUGGCAGAACACCUGGGUGAUUGCGGCCUGGACGAGGGUUGGUUGCUGGUGUGCCGGCCGGCGGAGGGCGGGGCCCGCCUGGUGCCCAUCGACACUCCAGACCACUUGCAGCGACAGCAGCAGCUCUUUGGUGUGGACUACCGACCUGUGCUCAGGUGGGAACAGGUAGUGGAUCUGACAUAUUCACACCGCCUGGGAUCUAGGCCUCAACCCGCUGAGGCAUACACAGACGCUGUGCAGAGGCUACUCUAUGUGCCCCCAACAUGGACCUACGAGUGUGAUGAAGACCUGAUCCACUUCUUAUAUGACCACCUGGGCAAGGAAGAUGAGAACCUGGGUAGUGUGAAACAGUAUGUGGAGAGCAUAGAUGUUUCCUCCUAUACGGAGGAAUUUAAUGUAUCUUGCCUGACUGAUAGCAAUGCAGACACCUACUGGGAGAGUGAUGGGUCCCAGUGCCAGCACUGGGUACGGCUUACUAUGAAGAAAGGCACCAUUGUCAAGAAGCUGCUACUUACAGUGGAUACCACAGAUGACAACUUUAUGCCUAAGAGGGUAGUGGUCUAUGGAGGUGAAGGUGACAACCUGAAGAAGCUGAGUGACGUGAGCAUUGACGAGACCCUGAUCGGGGAUGUCUGUGUCUUGGAGGACAUGACGGUCCACCUCCCAAUCAUUGAGAUCCGCAUUGUGGAGUGCCGAGAUGAUGGGAUUGAUGUCCGUCUUCGAGGGGUCAAGAUCAAGUCGUCUAGACAGCGGGAACUAGGGCUGAAUGCAGAUCUCUUCCAGCCGGCCAGUCUGGUGCGAUACCCACGGCUGGAAGGCACUGAUCCUGAAGUACUGUACCGCAGAGCUGUCCUCCUGCAGAGAUUCAUCAAAAUCCUAGACAGCGUCCUGCGUCACCUGGUACCUGCAUGGGACCACACACUGGGCACCUUCAGUGAGAUUAAGCAAGUGAAACAGUUCCUGCUGCUGUCACGCCAGCGGCCCAGUCUGGUGGCCCAGUGCCUGCGAGACUCAGAAAGCAGUAAGCCCAGCUUCAUGCCACGCCUGUACAUCAACCGACGUCUUGCCAUGGAACACCGUGCCUGCCCCUCUCGGGACCCUGCCUGCAAGAAUGCUGUUUUCACACAGGUUUAUGAAGGCCUCAAGCCCUCUGACAAGUAUGAAAAGCCCCUGGACUAUAGGUGGCCCAUGCGCUAUGACCAGUGGUGGGAGUGUAAAUUCAUUGCGGAAGGCAUCAUUGACCAAGGGGGUGGUUUCCGAGACAGCCUAGCAGAUAUGUCAGAAGAGCUGUGCCCCAGCUCAGCCGACACUCCUGUGCCUCUGCCGUUCUUUGUACGCACAGCCAACCAGGGCAAUGGCACUGGUGAGGCCCGAGACAUGUAUGUGCCCAACCCUUCCUGCCGAGACUUUGCCAAGUAUGAGUGGAUCGGACAGCUGAUGGGAGCUGCCCUUCGGGGUAAGGAGUUCCUGGUCCUCGCACUCCCUGGCUUCGUGUGGAAACAGCUCUCUGGGGAGGAGGUGAGCUGGAGCAAGGACUUCCCUGCUGUGGACUCUGUGCUGGUGAAGCUCCUGGAGGUGAUGGAAGGAAUGGACAAGGAGACAUUUGAGUUCAAGUUUGGGAAGGAGCUGACAUUCACCACUGUGCUCAGUGACCAGCAGGUGGUGGAGCUGAUUCCUGGAGGCACAAGCAUUGUAGUGGGAUAUGAGGACCGUUCUCGUUUCAUCCAGCUGGUACAGAAGGCACGGCUAGAGGAAAGCAAGGAGCAGGUGGCAGCCAUGCAGGCAGGUCUGCUGAAGGUUGUACCACAAGCUGUGCUGGACUUGCUAACCUGGCAAGAGUUGGAAAAGAAGGUGUGUGGGGACCCAGAGGUCACUGUGGAUGCCCUGCGCAAGCUCACUCGGUUUGAGGACUUCGAGCCCUCUGACACAAGGGUGCAGUAUUUCUGGGAGGCACUGAACAGUUUCACCAACGAGGACCGCAGCCGCUUCCUGCGUUUUGUCACAGGCCGUAGCCGCCUACCAGCGCGGAUCUACAUCUACCCAGACAAGCUGGGGUAUGAGACCACAGACGCAUUGCCUGAGUCUUCUACCUGCUCCAGCACUCUCUUCUUGCCACACUAUGUCAGCGCCAAGGUGUGUGAGGAGAAACUCCGCUAUGCCGCCUACAACUGUGUAGCCAUUGACACUGAUAUGAGUCCCUGGGAAGAAUGAGGUACCCUGCACAGCCCCACUGCCCUUUGCCUAGGAGAAUACACCACACCUUCCUUGCCUGGCUCAGUUUGUGCUCUGUAGAAGAACUGACACAUCUGGGGAAUCUGCAGCACACCCUGCUCCUGUGUGUGGCUAGAGUGUGGGUGGUGAGUUGACACUGGGGUUCAGACCUACAGACCCACAAGCUCUCCUCAUCCUGGGAUUUGCUUGCCAGGUAUUUAUUCUCUGUCAGAGGGAACCUUCCACAAGCCCAGCACAAGUUGCCAGGCCUAAACUACUUGAAGGGAGGCGUUCAACCUUCCACUCCAUGGAAUUUGUUCCUUUUUCUGUUCUACCUCCCCACCCCACUUCCAUCAUAGCUUGAAAUUUUUAAAACUUUGAGAUGGUAUAUGCCCCCUCCCUAAGCAAGGAGCCAGGGAUGGACAGGGAGUAAUAUUUAUCUGCCUUGGUCAUGUACCACAAGAAUGAAGCCACAAUGAACCUCUGUUCCCUCAAAUACUAGUUUUUUCCUCCUCUCCCUCCAUACCAGAGGUAGUGAGCUUUUUCCUUCCUUCAACACUGAUAAAGUGCCAUCAUCGUCCCUGGCUCCAAACCUGUAUCAUUCAAUAUUAUAUUCUUACUACCAUCCCCUAUCUGUCACUUCUGCAUUGCCUCCAGCCUGAUUCACCAUCUGCUGUUUUACCUUCAAGAUUUUCACAGAUAAGGACAAUUAUGUCUUCCCUUUCCCUACCCUAAAAUAAAACCUAGACUUUAAAUUUACUUCUGGAGCUAUGCACACCCCAACCCUAGCCCUCCUUCCCUUGAAGGGCCUUUGUAACACUCCUUCCAAUUACAUUGGAAAUUGAAUAAAUGGAUACAUUCAUU